AUCCCCUCCGCAUGCAAGGGGCCGUAUCAAGCAGAAGCAGCAACAGUUGCUGCAAGGGAGCUCUGAGCUUGAGCUUCAGCCUGCUGUGAGCCUGCUGUGAGCCACAGCCUUUCCAACCAUUCUAAAGCAUAAGGAUCUGUUUGUACUUUGACCUCCGCCGACACCUAAGAACAUCCAAAUCCUCCUGCCCCUUGCUCUGCCCGCUCCUCUCUGCUCUCUGCAAUUCACUGCAUCGAUCGAACUGCACAUCAUGUCUUUUGUCGACGUUCUCAUCAUCGGCGGUGGCCCUUCGGGUCUCUCCGCUGCCCUCACUCUCGUCCGUCAGCGUCAUACAGUACAGCUCUUCGACACCAGCGAGGGCCGCGCCAAUCCUUCCCACCGUCUUCACGGCUUCUCCGGCUUUGACCGCAAAGCCCCGUCUGAGUACCUUGCACAUGCUUAUGGCGAGCUCAAGCCGUACAGCACCUUCACCAAAGUCGAAGUCGAAGUCACGAACCUGGCAAAGGUUGACGGCGGCUUUGAGGCCACCGACUCGGCUGGAAAGACCUAUCGCGGCAAGAAAGUCAUCCUGGCCAACGGCGUCAUCAGCAAGUUCCCGGAAAUCCCAGGCUAUGCCGAAGCUUGGGGCAAGGGCAUCUUCCACAACCUCUUCGCCCAGGCCUAUCAGGAGGACCCCACCAAAGUACACGCUGGUGUGCUGGCUGUCGACUGGAUUGCCAUGCCUCAAUUCACUUACCAUAUGUCACACUUGACUACCCAGCUAGCUAGCAACGUUACCAUCUACACGCACGGCAACGAGGAGCUCGCCAACCAGAUCGCGCCGACCCUCGAGGGUAAGCCGUGGAAGGCCGACACUCGCAAGAUUGCCAAGCUCGCGCUCAAAUCGCCUGAGGAAACCACAGUCGAAAUCACCUUCGAGGACGGCAGUACCGCGACCGAGGCGUUCCUUGGCCAUGCCCCAAUGACCCUGGUCCGUGGCCCCUUUGCCGAGCAGCUUGGUCUAAAGCUGUCGUCAACAGGCGGAGAAUACGAGACGAGCGGUCCCUUUCAGGCCACCAGCGAGCCGGGCGUUUAUGCUGCUGGCGACACAAUCCACAUGUUCAAGGUAUGGCCGAACGCCGUGGCGACUGGAGCACAGGCUGCCGCAGGAGUGGCUGUCAAGCUCCAGGAGGAAAAAUGGAAUCUUCCCCCCAUUUUCGGUUAGAUCUUCGCUAUAAGCUUAUUGAAAAUCACUGCAGCCAUAUGUCCUAGUGAUACUCUAUGUGGGAAAAAGAAAUGGAGAAUUGAGUACUUCUUGUUCUAAUUUGACAUCUUAACACCAUUCGCGUGUAUCAUCGCCAAGCAGUGACGGGAUUCCAC